CGCAAUUUCACGGUUGCCCUGGGCAACAGCCGAGCUCUCUGGGAGAUGUAUCUGUAAGUAGGCCCAAAAAGGGACCAAAUGUGCCCAGACAUUCCAUGUUAGACGAGAGAAUGCCCAUUCCGCGUGGAGUCGCGAAGUGCGGUGAGUGUCCCUCGGCCUCAACGCGUGGGGCCAGCCUGUCCGGAGGUCCCUCGGAGACCGAGCGCCAAGGGGGCGAGCGGGUCUUGGAGCCUCUUCCGCUCGGCAUUUCCUUCUGUAGGCUUCGGUCAAGAGCUGUCAGUCAUCUUGGUAAUACCGGGUUGGAUGCCUAAAGCUUCAGGAAAAAAGUCCAGAACUUUCAGGAAAAACUAUCCAACGAUUCAGAUAUGGCGGAAAUCAAGUCAAUGUUCCGGGAAGUUCUUCCUAAACAAGGGCAGGUGUCUGUGGAAGAUAUAACCACAAUGGUGCUAUGUAAACCCAAACUUUUACCCUUAAAAUCUCUGACUCUGGAAAAACUGGAGAAGAUGCAGCAAGCAGCCCAGGAUACAAUUCACCAACAAGAAAUGGCAGAGAAGAAACAACAGCAAAUAACUCAGUGAAUGAUAAUUUACCAUUUCUAUGAAACACCCUAUUAACAAUAGCAAGAAAAUUUGCAUCUGUAUGCUGAUAGUAUAUGUUAAUAGAACUGAUAAAUGUUCAUAAUAUAAAAAUACCUGACUGAAAUAUGUAUUGUGAAUUUAAACAGUCUGGUUUGUGUUGAACAUAAGUAAUUAAACUUUGAACCCAAAAUUUUUUUUUCCCCAAGUUUUUAGAAUUGGAAAUUAUUUUUCACCAUUCCUAUCAGUUAAUAUAAAAAUACCCAACUGAAAUAUGUGAGUCUGGUUUGUGUUGAACUUAAUUAAACUGAACCCCAAUUUUUUUUUUAACCCAAGUUUUUAGAAUUAGAAAUUACUUUUCACAGUUCCUAUCAGUUUUAUAGAUAAUAUUCUUAGGCACAAAAAACCAAAUGCAACUUUUAUAUUCAAAGAAUCUUUACAUAUUUAAGACUUAAUUUGAUACAUUCUAAUAUUGUAUACAUGUUCAGCUUUUACAUUAUCUAAUUUUAAAACAUUCAUUUUUAUGAAUUUUAUGUCAUAUUUUAAGACUAACUGAUCCUACCAGUAAUGACAAACUGCAUUUCUUAAAUUUGAUUUUUAAGAAACCCUGAGUAGUUCCUUGAGCUUCUAACAAUACUGAUUUUAAGGACUCAAGAAUAAUCUGGCUACUUUUACCUUGCAGGAAUCAAGGUAAAAUCUAAAAAUGGGAAGUAACAUGGAUUUGAAAGAGUCCAUGAGAUAAUAUGAACAUUAAACUUGGAGUUUUAGUUCUAAAAGACUGUACCUAAGCCUGAAAUAGGUAUAUUCCUAAGAACACGUUUGUAAAUUCUGAAUAUAAUUUUUGGUUGGUUUGCUGUAAUCAGUAAGAGAAAAUUUAAAUUAGCAUAGACCUUGAGGCCUCUUUACUGAGUAAUCAGGCUCUGAAAAAAAGGUUAGAAAUGUGAUCAUUCUUUAGAUAACUUACUUGUUGUAGUUAACUAUUUUCUCAAACACUGGGUAAAUGUUACUCUUUGAAAAAUGGUUUUUUAUAACAAACGUUACUUUGUAAUUGACUUAAGAAUGAUGAAAGGUAUAUAUAUCUUUUAAAUUUCUUCAAACUCCAGAUAAAAGUGUGCAUGCAAUUUCCCAAUAUUUAAAGAAUUUAUUUACUAUUCUAUUUUUCAUUUAAAAGUUUGCGAGAAACAAAGUUUAAAUUCACUAGGUUCACAUACGUUCCCUUUUAUGACUUAAAACCUGCCGUGUGACAUAAGUUUUUAAAAGACCUAAAAUAAAUGAAUUCCAAAUAAUCAA